AUGCAAAAAGCUCGCCUCACGAAUUACGGUGCUGCGAAAAAUAAUAGCCUUCCUACGGCUUAUUCAGCGUGUUAAAUAAGCUAUAUAUGCUAGCUUCAUCUGGUCGAGGAGCAGCUCUAUCGCGUCCUUAA